AUGUUUUAUCACUCUUUAUCUUCUUCUGGAUCUCCUAAAAGAGCCUGUUUGAGUUUUUUAUUUCUUAUUCUUAAUAUAUCUGACGUACUCACAAGGAGUAACGCCACCGCCGCCCUGCUACGUAGCCAAGAGAGAGAAGAGGGUGAAAGGGGAGAGCUCUUUAUUGUCUUUAGGAAGCGGCCCAAGCCUGCGCGGACACGGAGUCUCGGGCGCAGUUGUGUUAAGCCUGGCGCUGCUGUUAAGCCGUCGAUGCUUCCCUGA